GCAACGUUGUACGACUUCCGCCUGUUUGCUGUUAGCAGUGUGGGAAUGAGCAAUGCCAGCAAUGUUCUGACGUUUGCACCAAAUGGAACAGUGCCUCCAGAUCCACCUGUAAUUGGGUUAGAGGAUGUGACAAACAACAAAAUCUCCCUUUUCUGGACUCCUGGCUUUGAAGGCGACAGCCCUAUUACAGGUUUCUACCUGGAGUUUAAAGAAGCAAAUGCUUCAUGGGAUUACACAGAAACUGUUGUCGAUUUUUAUGCCAAUGAGACAGAGGGCACGAUAAUAGAGAUAAAUCCUUCAACAUACAACAUCCGCAUGUUUGCUAAAAACAGUCUGGGUACCAGUAAUGCCAGCAAUGUUCUCACUGCCUCCUCCCGGUGCGAUGUGCCAGUAGCACCUCUCAAGGGAGGAAUCCUGGCGGUGUUUAAGAGAUGUCUGAGCCACAUCAGGGGACUCCUUUCCACUUUGAGCGAGCUCCUUAUGUUGUCCCUAAAAGAGAGCCCAGCUAUUCUAUAG